GAUGCUCUAACGAGGGUAGUGACUCUGUCUAAAGGCAAAAGCACAGUUCAGCUGAGAGAGGAGAACUGGACACUCACUGGAGUCCCGGAGAGGACACUGAGUACACUGGAGAGGACUUCUAUGCAAAAAGGGGCCCCGAGCAGAGCCCCGCCCCGCUUUCAGCCCUGGGAGACCCAGCAGGGACUUGAUUGGAUGUGGCUCGCUCCGACAUCCGCCCGCCCGGGAAGCUGCCGGAAGGUGAGGAUCUUCGUCUGAGGGACGCCACCUCAGGCUACCAGAACCCCAGGACUGGUUGGGUAUCAAGGUGCCCACCUCCUGCACCCUCUUGCCUGCUGCCCCUAAGCACAGUCAUCAUGCCUCGCGGUCAGGCGAGUAAGCGCCGUGCCCGUGAGAAACGCCGCCAGGCUCGAGGUGAAGACCGAUGUCUCACGGCUGCUCAAGCUACCGCAGCAGAGAAGGAAAAGCUGCCAUCCUCCUCCUCUCCUGCAUGCCAGAGUCCUCCCCAGAGCUUCCCCGCUGCAGGCAUUCCUCACGAGUCCCAGAGAGCCAGCUACCCCAGCUCUCCUGCUGCAGCUGUUUCACUCACAAGUUCUGGUGAAGGUGCCAAGGGCCAAAAGGGGGAAAGUCCCAACUCUUUCCAUGGCCCGUCCUCCUCUGAGAGCACAGGAAGAGAUCUUCUGAACACGAAGACGGGCGAAUUGGUGCAGUUCCUGCUCAACAAGUAUAUAAGGAAAGAGCCCAUUACGAGGGAAGCCAUGCUGAAGGUUAUCAACAGAAAGUACAAGCGGCACUUCCCUGAGAUCCUCCGGAGAAGCACUGAGAACGUAGAGGUGGUCUUUGGCCUCUACCUGAAGGAAAUGGACCCCAGCCGUCAGUCCUAUGUGCUUGUUAGCAAGCUGGACUUUCCCAAUCAAGGAAGCUUGAGCGAUGGCGGGGGUUUUCCCCUGAGCGGGCUCCUGAUGGUUCUCCUGAGCACCAUCUUCAUGCGUGGCAACCGUGCCACUGAGGAAGAGAUAUGGGAAUGCCUGAAUGCGUUGGGGAUGUAUAAGGGUAGGAAGCACUUCAUCUAUGGGGAGCCCCAGGCACUUGUCACCAAAGAUUUGGUGCGAGAGGGGUACCUGGAGUACCGGCAGGUGCCCAGCAGCGAUCCUCCACGCUACGAGUUCCUGUGGGGUCCCAGGGCCCGUGCCGAAACCAGCAAAAUGAAAGUCCUGGAGUUUGUGGCCAAGCUCAAUGAUACCGUUGCCAGUACCUACAAGUCCCGGUAUGAGGAGGCUCUGAGAGAGGAGGAAGAGCAAGCCAGAGCCAGAGCGGCAGCCAGGGCUAGCGCCAGGGCCAAGGCUAGCAGGUCCUUUCAGCCCUAGUGAAGUCUCAGGCAAUCCUCACUAAGAGAUUGAAAAGGGCUGUCCACCAUUUCAGUAUUUGGGGGUAAGGUGGGGCUAGAGAGAUCCCAAGAUGUGUCUAUCUUUUGUUCUGGUUAUUUGCAAGCCACUUGUAGAUUCCCCUUUCUCUUCUGUGUCUACCGCGUGUUCCUUUGAAAGAGAUUGACUUUGAUUCAGAAUCUAAGUUCAUGAAUUAGGUGCCUCACACAAUUAUUGCUGUUUAUCACGUUGAAGAGUGAUGUUCUUGUAUUUUGUAAAACAAAUUGGAAAUUUUUACUUAUUAGAUUGUGAUCUAGUGCAAGAAGAAAUAGCAUUGGAAUAGCGAUUGGCUUUAAACUGUGAAACAACCAAACACUGCAUCAGUUGGGAUCACAAGAUGGUGGGAAAAAAGUGUCAAUUGAUUGGCAACCUUUGACAUUUAAAAAUCUUAUUUCUUUAAGUCUUUUGUUGUGAUAAAAUGAAAAGCUAUAUACUCACAGUUGCUAUGUGUAUUCAAGAAUGUUGGAGAAAUUAAAUCAUCAUAAAGGAG